AUGGACAUUAAUAAUGCAGCUUGGGUAGAUGGGCCUGGUGAAAAAGUUCGGGUCGGGGUCCACAAGUUACGUCAGCCGGGCCCAGGAGAGGUUCUCAUCAGGAACCAUGCGGUUGCUGUGAAUCCAUUCGACUGCCUGCAGCAUCUCACCGGUAGCUUUGUUGACUACUGGCCAUUCAUUUUUGGUUAUGAUCUAGCAGGCGAGGUCUUGUUAGUGGGUGAUGGCGUCUCCGGCUUCGUAUCAGGACAACGGGUCCUUGGACAGGCGCUGAAGCAGAGUCUUGAGAAUACCGCAUUUCAAGAGCACACGAUAGUUCACGCUGAUCUAGUGUGCCCAAUACCGGAAAGCAUGAAGUACGAAGAAGCGUGUGUGAUACCACUGGCUCUGUCGACCGCCGCAGCCGGGCUCUACCAGGAGGGUUAUCUUGCUCUGCCCCUUCCUCGUGUGGAAGUGGAGCGUCUUGAUAAGACACUCCUUGUUUGGGGUGGAAGUUCGAGCGUGGGAAGCGCUGUAAUUCAACUAGCAGUUGCCUCUGGUUUUGAUGUUGUGACGACUGCGUCGACUCGGAACUUCGACCACUGUCGUAAGUUAGGGGCAAAGGUCGUCUUUGACUAUAGCUCAUCAAGUGUCAUUAAUGACCUGAUACGGACCCUCAAAUCCGAAAGGAAGGUGAUAGGAGCGUUUUCUGCGGUCAGUUUGCCGAGUAACAUCAUCAGCACGGUCGCUCAAGUACUUUCCGAAGUUGGUGGAGGCUUUGUGGCAACCACCAAACCUCCCCCAGAAGACUUGCCAAUCAACGUUUCAGCCAAAAUGGUUUUCGCGGCGGACUACGCUGGCAGGGAAGGGAAGAAAUUAUUCCAGGACUUUCUUCCUACUGCUUUGCGGGCAGGCAGAUAUCAGGCCCUGCCGAGACCGCAUGUUGUUGGACAUGGAUUGCGUAGUGUGCAAGUUGGGGUUGAGGUGUUGAGCAAAGGUGUGUCUGCGAAGAAGGUCGUGAUAACCAUCUAG